AUCAUGUAGAGCACGGAAUAACAUUUCAUGGAUCCUUUCAAAGCGGUUGGGAAUUUUAUGAUGCCGACCAAAUCAACAAUGAUAAAUGAGAUGGGCCUUUUGAGGAUCCUCCCUGAUCAGUCAUCAGGGAGUGGACACUCCUGUGGCACCCCACGCCACCCAAGCAUCAUCGACCCAAUUCUAUCAAAGCGCGUCUGCUUCUACAAAAGUGGAGACCCUCAGUUCAAUGGUCUGCGCAUGGUCAUCAACAACCGCACCUUUAAAACAUUUGAUGCGCUCCUGGACAGUCUCUCUAAAAAGGUUCCCCUGCCGUUUGGGGUGAGGAACAUUACCACUCCCCGGGGGGUUCAUGCAGUCUAUACUUUGGAUGAACUGGAGGAUGGGAAAUCCUACAUCUGCUCUGACAGCCGUAAGGUAAAACCUAUCAACCUGGCCAUGGCGAGGAAGAAGCCGCCGCCCUGGUACCAUGCCAGGCCUGUUAGCUCCCGCCGUCGGACUGUACAGCAGGCCAGGUUUUUCCCCGGCCAGAACAUCCACAAGAACGAACUGGUGGUUGUGCGCACACCGAAGAGGCUACUGGUUUUUCGCAAUGGUGACCCUACCGUAAAACACACUGUGGUGGUUCACAAGAGGACUACGCCGACUUUUCAGUCCAUCCUGGAAUAUAUUUCAGAGCUGCUGCUGUUUCAUGUGGUGAAAUUACACACAUCUGAUGGCAGACGUGUGGAUGGUCUUGCAGGCUUGAUACUGUGUUCUGGCAUCGUAGUGGCUGCAGGCAGGGAACCAUUCAGGUCUGCAAACUACAAUGCACAGAAAUCACCAGCUCCAACAUUGUUGCCUACCAAACGAAUGGGUCGCAGAAAACUAAACCGUAAAAAGAAGUCUCUAUCAUACACUUCGAGGUCAAGAAAAUUCUCCCCGUCAUCUGAGAGGUACAUCGUGAAUCAGAUCCAUGACUCCAUUGCAGAGAGUUCAUGCGACCUACCCAGUAACCCCACAAACUCUAUUGAAUUGGAGUUGGGUCAUAAAUUAAAGUCAGUAGCAGAAACUGAGGGUGACACCUGCCCUGAUGAUGGAGCUGGAGGGCAGGACAGCUUGCUGCCCACAGACGACGACAUUGAGAAGUCCUUUCGAGUAAACCAAGAUGGUAGCAUGACAGUGGAGAUGAGGGUGCGGCUUACAAUUAAAGGAAGAGGAAACCAUCCAUUGGACGACCACCCUGACACGCUCAAGUGUAGCCAAUCAGCUUAAUGCGAGCUGUUUACCGGAGUCUGAGGCAGAACAGGAGAUCGGCUCUCUAAAAUCAGACUCACUGGAUUUACAAAGUCCUG